UGGACCUUAGAACUGCUCAGGGGUUAGAAGUAUUUGGCUCCCCAGCUGGACUGUGGAACUUUUAAGCCUGGGAUUUCUCUGUUUAGCAUCAUGUAUACAGUAGGAGCUCAUUAAGUGCAUAAAGUUAGUUGAAUUUGUGAAAUCAAUUGAAAGGUGUGGGCAUCGCAUUUGUGUUAGUGACAGUGGGUUGAUGGCAAGAGAAGUUUCAAAGCCACCAAGCUAAAUAAAGGUCCUAUCCUCUCUGGGGAGUCAGGCAACCCAAACAACACCGCCGACCACCCUCCUUCCAUGUGUUCCUGUGUUCAGGUCUCACCUGUAUGUCGUUCCAAAAUACAUCCUAUCUGUGGGCCAGAAAAGCCGGUUGUUAAGCCUCCGGCAAGAACCCAGACAGGAAACUCCCAGUAUGAAUUCAAGCAAACCAGAGGUGAGCCAACACAGGCAGAGAUAAGAAUCAUCGAGGCGGGGCAGAGCAUCUUCCGCGCUGUGUAGUGAAGACUUGAGGGGUUGGUGCUCUCUCCUCCCAGGCUGCCCAGAAGGCUGGUAGAGGCCGAGGCCCUGGACCCUCUUCUCACGUGACUGGGGCAAGUGUUUUCUUUCUUCACCCUCUAACAUAAGAACCUGAAUUUUGGCCCUUAUAUCUUGAGAAGUCUCUGCCCACAACUCCCAGGAAAAACAUGCCAUGGUCCUGAGGUAGAGCAUCUAUUCACUCCCAGAGGAGCAGCUACGCAUCCAUCUGCAUGAACUGGAGAGACAAGGCUUUCCUACUUCUUGGCAGAAACAUGCCAAAGCCCAGAAUGUUCUUUCUACCAUCUUGUCCCCAUAACCCUGUCAUUCUGAGCAACUGGGGCUGCAGACUGCUGAUCCCAGUGACCAGAGCCCUGGCUGGAGUCUGCAUUUUCAAGAUCUGCAGACCUGUAUGGUUCCUUUGGACCUGAGACCUAAGCCCAGGCAGCACAUCUGUCUACUCGCCUUAACCCCUCCCUGAGCCAUCACAGCCACUGCCCAGGGCAGGCCAGGAGGGUGGAGCUCUGAGUCAGAGUAUAAGUUCCCGAUCUUACCAUCCAGUUGGAGAGCCGCCACGAUGCUUCAGAACCAGAUGCCUGCUUGGGUUUCCCACUCCCUGUCAGACCCACGCCAAAUAGAAGAUGGCAGGUCCGUGGCCUCCUGUGCCUUGAAGGAGGGACCAUCUCCAUGCCAUCUGCUGACAGUGAGGGUCAUCGGCAUGAAAAACGUCAGGCAGGCUGACAUACUGAGUCAGACGGACUGCUUUGUCACUCUCUGGCUGCCUACUGCCUCUCAGGAGAAGGUGAGGACCAGAACCAUCUCCAACUGCCCACACCCAGAGUGGGAUGAGAGCUUCACCUUCCAGAUCCAGACUCAAGUAAAGAACGUACUAGAGCUGAGUGUCUGUGAUGAAGACACAUUGACGCCAAAUGACCAUCUCCUGACCGUACUCUACGACCUCUCCAAGCUUUGCCUUCGGAACAAAACCCACGUGAAGUUUCCGCUCAACCCAGAGGGCAUGGAAGAGCUGGAGGUGGAGUUCCUGCUCGCAGAGAAUCUCUCUUCACCAGAGAUGCUCAUCACCAACGGCGUGAUUGUGUCUCGGCAAGUCUCUUGCCUGGAGGUCUGUGCGGAAUCCAGGAGGCCAAGGAAGAGGAAGAAAAAUAAAGACCUGCUAGUGAUGGUAACAGACUCCUUCGAGAAUACUCAGUGCGUCCCACCCUUCCAGGAGCCCUGCUGCAGCAAUCCAGCCUGCUUCCACUACCCUAAGUACUUCCAGCCCCAGCUGCGUGCGGAGGCGCCAGAGAGCCGCUGGAACUGUGGGAUUUGCUGCUGUGGAACACGCAGGAAUGGCUCUGUCUGCCAGCCCCUCGAUUGCCUUUCUGAUGGCCAGCCAGUGACCCUGCCCAUGGGAGAGAACUAUGAACUACACAUGAAGUCCAUGCCCUGCCCUGACACGCUGGAUGUGCGGCUUGGCUUCAGCCUGUGCCAGGAAGAGGUGGAGUUUCUGCAGAAACGGAAGGUGGUGGUGACCAAAGCCCUAAGUCAAGUGCUGCAACUGGAGGAGGACCUGCAUGAGGAUGAGGUGCCAGUGAUAGCCAUCAUGGCCACAGGAGGUGGCACAAGAUCCAUGGUUGCCUUGUAUGGCCACCUGCUGGCGCUGCAGAAGCUGAACCUUCUGGAUUGUUCUACUUACAUCACUGGCUUGUCAGGUGCAACCUGGACUAUGGCUACCUUGUACAGUGACGCGGAGUGGUCUUCCAAAAACCUGGAGCCUGCUGUCUUUGAGGCCCGGCGACAUGUUGUCAAAGACAAGAUGCCCGCCCUGUUCCCAGAUAAUCUCUGCAAAUGGCAAGAGGAACUCCGCCAGCACAGCCAGCAGGGCUACAAGACCAGUUUUACAGACUUUUGGGGCAAGUUGGUUGAGUACAGUCUAGGCGAUAAGAAAAAUGAUUGCAAACUGUCCGAACAGCGUGCCGCCUUGUGCCAGGGGCAGAAUCCUCUGCCCAUCUACCUCACCAUCAAUGUCAAGGAUGAUGUAAGCAACCAGGAUUUCAGAGAAUGGUUCGAGUUCUCCCCCUACGAGGCGGGCAUGCAGAAGUAUGGUGCCUACGUUCCUACUGAACUAUUCGGUUCCGAGUUCUUCAUGGGGCGGCUGAUGAAGAGGAUGCCUGAGCUAGAGAUGUGCUACAUGCUAGGUUUGUGGAGUAGCAUUUUUUCCUUGAACCUGCUUGACGCCUGGAAUUUGUCCCACACCUCAGAGGAGUUCUUCUACAGGUGGACAAGGGAGAAGCUGCAUGACAUCGAAGAUGAUCCACUCCUGCCUGAAAUCCCGAAAUGUGACGCUAACCCCUUGGAGACCACAGUAGUGAUCCCAGCGUCAUGCCUGUCCAACACCUUCCGAGAAAUCCUCACGCACAGGCCCCUCGUGUCUGAGUUCCACAACUUCCUGUAUGGAUUGCAGCUGCAUACUGACUACCUACAACACAAACAGUUCUCUGUGUGGAAAGACACUGUGCUGGACACCUUCCCAAACCAGCUGACGCAGUUCACAAAGCAUCUGAACCUGCUGGACACUGCCUUCUUUGUCAACUCCAGCUAUGCACCCCUCCUUAGGCCGGAGAGAAAAGUCGACCUCAUCAUUCACCUCAGUUACUGUGCGGGAUCCCAGACAAAGCCCCUGAAACAAACCUGUGAGUACUGCACCGCGCAGAACAUCCCCUUCCCCAGCUACUGCAUCCAGGAGGAUGACAAGAGUCUCAAGGAGUGUUACCUGAUGGAGAAUCCACAGGAACCUGAUGCCCCCAUCGUGGCUUACUUCCCGCUCAUCAAUGACACCUUCCAGAAGUACAAGGCUCCAGGUGUAGAACGAAGUCCUGAGGAGCUGGAACUGGGCCAGCUGAACAUCUAUGGCGCCAAGUCUCCCUAUGCCACCAAGGAACUGACGUACACAGAGGCCGCUUUCGACAAGCUGGUGAAGCUCUCAGAAUAUAAUAUCCUCAAUAACAAAGACGCGCUCAUUCAGGCUGUGAGGCUGGCGGUGGAGAAGAAGCGCAUGAAGAGCCAGUGUCCCUCCUAGGCCUGGGGGAGCCCUGCUUAUCCUGUGUCUGCUUCUAUUGUCAGAAGCAUCAGCCCUCAAAGCCUGACCUCACACACCGCUGCUGCCCUGCUUUCUGGCCAGGGGUGCAGGCGGCUUGGCCUGGGCUUUCUAGUGCAACAUUACAAAGGAAUGAGGAAGAGAGAAAAAGGAAAGAAGAAAGAGUCGAUCAAGUUUUACAUCUCUGGAGUUUCUCUCCACUUCCCAGCCUGGAAGGUACCAUGUUCGCAGGCUCCCGCACCAUCUCAAACAUAGACCGCAAAUGUGGCCUUCCGCCUCCUACGACUGCAGAAAUGCCCAGGAAGACUGAGAACUACUCUAAGUUCCUCGGGAAAAUGCUUUGUAAAUUUAAUAUGAUUGCAUCCUUGGAAUUUUUGUUGUCAACAGUAUUUUGUGAUUUAUUUUUAUUUUUCUUUUUUACUAUGAUGACAUGACAAAGAGAGUGUUAGUGGAAAGCCUGGUCUCCAACGCAACAAAGCCAAACCGGUGACCAUCCCGUGUCAGUGAUGCCUCUUCAGCCACCAGAUCCCUGGGCUGGUGUGCUCCAACCCUGAUCAGGAUCAGGUCACCCAGCCCCAGGAAAACCAGGCCCUGCUAGAAUGCAGCAUAAACCCACAGUGUGCGGAUCCAGGAUGCCAUUCCGGGAGGCCUGGGCAGGCUGUGGGCACCAGUUCAGUGGCAUGAAGCCGUCCAGUGCCAUCUGCGCUCUCUGACAUCUCUCUGGCUUCCAGCUGGAGUUAUUUAUUUCUGAGUUGAAUCCUCUUAUUUAUCACAGAAGACACCACCGCCAGUUUCUCUAAGUUCUUAUGAAGUGACUCAGGGAAUAAGGUUAGGAAGGAUGGCCUCAGAAUGGCGACUUAGGACCCUGAGAAAGACCUCAGCUCUGGAGGGGAGUAUCUGAUGAGCUCUGGACACAGACACCAGACUCCAGGCUUCACUGAUAGAUCAGAACACGAGCCCCUGUAGUGAGAAGACAGAAGCUGGAGGGCAGCAAGGCCUAUGGCCUGCACUGAGGCCAACAGACCUGGAGGACAAGGCCCUUUUUCUGAGCCACGUGAUCCCACCACAGUCCUUGGUUGUUGAGAGAUGAAUGGUACCAGACAUUUUUGUUCAUUUGUUUUAAAUGGGUGCCUGUUUCCAUCACUGCUAUUCAGAGUGUGAUUGGGGCUAUAAACCUAGCCACACUGACAAGAACCUGUACUGUGAAGAGAUUGGUGCCCCCCCCAGCCUCACCUGCCCCCAGGUGACUCCCCUGUCGGAAGAAUGGGUUUACCACACAUUUCUAUCAACUUGGAGAACGUGAGCCCACAGACUCCUUUGAGCCAUUGGUAAGCUGGUCUUCUUGACCUGCAGAACCGGUCCCUAUACCCGCGUGAUGCUGACAUGAGUUGAAUAUCCCUCACCUCCUCUAGCCCUCUACUACCGUAGCUGGCUGCCAAUGCUCUUCCCUCCCUCAUGCAGGGAGCAGGCUCUGAACUGAACCAGAAUAGGACCUGCAUCUUGCAAAGCAAAGACAGCCACGCCUCGGACUCGCCACAGCAUGUGAAGUUUAUAAGAUCACUGUACCAUUUGAGCACAGAAUAAAGUGGUCACGGGGGUGAA